AUGGAGCUGUUCCGCACCGACACUCAUUUUAUCUUCGUGAAGGAGAGGCACAGCCUUUGGUGCGACAAAUACACCGGCGAAUUCUCCGCGAAAUCAGAUUGGGAAUGGGCCACGCCGAAGGAUCUCGAAUGUCUGGGCAUGUUUUACGGAAUAGUGGGGAAAAUCGAGCAAGCGUCAGUAUUGGAGCCUCGCUUGAUGCUCAUAAAGGAUGUCGCGCCGGCGGGAGAGUUGCACGGUGGUCAUGUCGUCUACAAGAUCAAAUCUAUAGUGUUUCUACAUAUCGGCACGGAGAACACCGACAUCAGCCUGCUGCCAUGUAAGAAGCACCAGUAUGUGUUGAAGAAGAAGGGCGCCGGUGGAUUGUUCGAUGUGCCGCAGAAAGCAGCCUUCGCCAAGACUUGGGGCACGAUCAAGAACGCCACCAACACCAUAAAGAAUACCACCCAGCAAGCUGCUGCGUUAGCCACGUCUCAGGUAAAGUCGACAGUGACGAAACGGAGCAUCGUGAAAGAUAAAGAAAGAUUCGAGAGGAGAAUUCUGGAGGAGCUGAGCAAGAUAUUCACCGAGACCGACUCCUUCUUCUUCUGUCGAACCGGUGACAUCACCAACACCCUGCAACGGCAGUGCGUAACGGAAUCUCAGCAAGAGCAGAGCGACCGGAACAAGCCGUUGUGGCAACGCGUCGACGACAGAUUCUUCUGGAAUAAGCACAUGUUACAUGACAUUAUUAAUUUGAAUACAGAUAAGGCAAACUGCUGGAUACUACCGAUCAUUCAAGGAUAUGUUCAGAUAGAAAAGUGCAUAGUCGAAGUGGGCUUCGACGAACAGCCGCAGCAGGAGACGUUCAACUUGGCGAUCAUAUCGAGGAGGAGCAGAUUCCGUGCUGGAACCAGGUACAAGAGACGCGGAGUAGACGAUAAUGGCAAGUGUGCGAAUUACGUUGAGACCGAGCAACUGGUCUGGUAUCACGAUCAUCAGGUAUCUUUCGUACAAGUACGAGGAAGCGUACCAGUGUAUUGGUCGCAGCCUGGAUACAAGUAUAAGCCUCCACCGCGAAUUGAUAAAGAUGAGGCUGAAACGCAGAUAGCGUUCGAAAAGCAUUUCGACGAAGAGCUCACGUUGUACGGGCCGGUUUGCAUCGUCAAUCUGGUCGAACAGUCCGGCAAAGAAAAGAUCAUUUGGGAGGCUUAUAGCAAUCAUGUGCUUAAUUAUAAUCACUCGGACAUAACGUACACGACUUUCGACUUCCACGAAUAUUGUCGAGGGAUGCAUUUCGAAAAUGUGUCUAUUCUGACUAAUGCGCUGGCCACGGUGCUGGCAGAUAUGGGUUACUGCUGGCGCGAUAAACAAGGUACGAUAUGCAUGCAAAAGGGCGUAUUCCGUGUGAAUUGCAUAGAUUGCUUAGAUAGAACAAACGUGGUGCAAACCGCUCUGGGUAAAGCUGUUAUGGAAAUGCAGUUCUCGAAAUUGGGACUAAUACCACCUGACGGAAUUCUGCCUGCAAACAUAAGACAGACUUUUCAAUCGCUUUGGGCUAAUAAUGGGGAUAUUAUUAGCAAGCAGUACGCAGGGACGAAUGCUUUGAAGGGAGAUUAUACGCGUACCGGGGAGAGAAAGUUCACCGGAUUGAUGAAAGACGGCAUGAAUUCGGCGAACAGAUAUUAUCAGCAACACUUUACGGACGACUUACGUCAGGCGGCGAUAGAUACGCUGCUAGGGAAUCCAAUCGACGUUGACCGACUGAACAACGAUUGGUCACACUAUUUAGAUAUUCUUGAUAAUUGCUGUCUCGAACUUAUACCUAUGAAACCACCAAAUAUACAACUUCAACUUGCUACUCAUCCCGACUUCCUUUAUGUCACUGCCCUAUAUGAUUUAGCAAGAUAUUACUUGAAUCGUUUCAAGGACGUCUAUAGACAAGCGACAAUCGAUAUGAUGUUGGGAAACUCGGUGAGCGAGGAAGUGUUCCAGGAGCGUACCGAGGAAGAGGAUAACGCGGCUACCGCGAUUCACGUGAAAUUGCUGAUCGAAGACUGUAAGAAACUGCUGAUACCCGACCCGGAGAUUAUUCUAGGCAGUUGGGGAGUGAUUGAUGCCGAUCCUGUCACCGGCGAUCCGACUGAAACAGAGAUGGAUACUAUCCUGAUACUAACCCGAGAUAGUUAUUACGUAGCGGACUACGACGAUCAAAUCGACAAGGUUACGAAUUAUCAGAGAGUCCAGUUAAGCGACAUCGUCUUGAUUGAAUUCGGCCAGCCCGAGAACAUGGUCUCGUUCUUCAAGAACAAGCAUUACCACUGCAUCAGAAUCAAUUACAAAGUUAACAGCGAGUACGGUUACUUCCAUAUGUUCCGUAGUACAAAUUUACGGUUUUUCAACAACAUGGCGGUGGUGAUCAAAACCGAAGAGGAGAGCAUAGAAUCCUUGAAGGCGAUUUGCGAGGCCAUUUCGGUGGCUAUGGAAAUAGCAAGCGUGCCGAAGAUUCCUGUAGCCAUGAACGUCACGUUGGAUAAGAGAAAGAGUAAACUGGUGAAUGCUAAAGGCUCCAUCGGCUUAUUGGAUAUAUCAUCGUUCCCGGAACUGACGCGAAAUGUGUCCGAGACGCAGCUGCUUGCUCUGAAAACAGCAGGUACAAAAGCUUUAAGUAACAUGUCGGAGCAGUUCAGCAAACUGAACAAACUCAGUCAGAGUUUCAGCGCGAAGAAGCCGAUCGAUUUGGCCAGGAGCAUAGGCGGCAAGCGAGCGGAGAAGCUGUCGAGGCCGAUUUUCACCGUGGGUGACCGAGACAUCUCGGGUAACGUGAAGGAGAAGAGCAACGAUAGCAACAGCAGCGACGACGACGACGACGACGAAGAAGAAGAAGAAAAUAUUAAGAUGACGCGCAUCCACACGGAGAAGCCGAUGAGUUUCAGCCACGACAAGCAUCUGAUGGAAGCCUACACCCCGUCCAUCGGCAUUAUCAUGGGCGUGAAGGGCAGCGUGGUGGACGGUGAGGUCUGCGACGGGAACGCGGAAUUGGCCGCGAUGAGGCGCGACGUGAAUCUCGACGUGAAGCCCGACAUGGCGAUCGACGCGCUGCUUUUGAUACCGCAGACCUCCGGCGGGCAGUCCGGUACGAGCACUCUCAGCGCAUCGCCGCAGAAAACCACGCCCGAGAUCACGGUGUAUGACGCGGGGGAGACGUUGGGCGAGGACCGGAUGAUCCCGCCGUCGACUCUGACGCUCUCCAGGAACAUCAGCCAUUCGACGGGCGAGGUCGACAACAAGGCGUUGUCGAUCGGCGCCAAGAGCGCCACCCUGCAGACAGACAACAGUAGGCUGGACGAGAAGAAGAGGUCGGCGUCCGAGCAGGACCUGACGUUGAACAUCACGUCGUCCCAGAGCGAGUCCGCCAUCAAGUCCAUCAGGGAGAACAUUGCGAACGUUACCAGCCCGGUGGCGUCGACGGCCAAGGACAUCCUCUCGCCGUUCUCGAAGCUCGCCAAAGGUGUUCAGACGUUAGGGGCUAACCUGGACCCCAGGAAGCUCAAAUCAGGCAACGUCGGCCUGCUGCGAAAUCUGUCGGAACACCAUAUGGAGGAGCGCCACAAACUCCAAGAGAGAUGGACCGCCUGCCAGACCAGACUCAUCGCUUUGUAAAGCAGAUCGAUGACAGUUCGAGCGACAUUCGGCUUUCUCUCAUCCCCCCCCCCCCUUGAAACGCGACUCGUUAAAUAUCAAUUAUCCGGCGCUUGUCGGCGCUUACCGCGCGUACUCUGCUGUGUGUAUCCCUGGAGGGCAAUUCCGCGGAUUUCAUUCGGCAGCAACGCAAUCGCUAUUUGCGCGUGCUCUUUCUCGAAACGAAAAGGAAUAAAAUAUUCAGAGAGAUUGUGUGUGUGUGUGUGUGCGUGUGUGUGUGUGUGUGUGUAUCAUAGACCGUUUUAUUACUUGCGUAGAUCGCGCGCGAUUUAAUACGACGAAAAAAUGUCACUGUGUGUAGUCAGUAGGCAGUAGAGAGAGAGAGAGAGAGAGAGAGAGAGAAGACAAUUUCGAUCGGAGUUUGUAGGGAACCUUGUAGCGAAUCGAUCUCACUGCACCUAUUUCAUAUUUUACACACACACCUCACCGAAUGUAGCGUUGCAUUGCGAUGUGAAACAUACGGAACUAAUCGCCGUGGGAAUAAUUGAGGCAAUCCAGGUAGACCCAGAAUGAGCGGUGGGGGACGGCAUAGAUGUUAUAUUGCCGUCGAUAUACUGUCCUUCGGUGUUACUUGGCUACCUGGGGAUUUCUACACGUGUUACGACGUAUCGCGAGACCGACGGGACGAACAAAUUACCGACGCAAAGUACAAUACGGUCAAUAUUUACCUACAAUCAAUUGAUUUGACGAUCCAACGGUUGCACAAUUUUUUAUCGCUAGGAAAUCGUAUCAGCUGUCAGUGCUAUUUUCUCGACAGCGUCUAUUAUUAUCAAGUUUACUAUAUACCCGCUGAAGUUUUCUGGCAUACUUUUACAAUGUUUUUUCAUGAAAUUAGCCUGUCAAAUGCUAUUGAUGCGAAUUAAAAAAAAUAAUACGCGAGUCUCUUUUAUUCUCUUAGUAUCCGAUGAAUAUCUCGUAUUCUUAUUGCACGAUAAAAUUCUUUCGUUUCCGAGAAAAAGAGAGGGAGAGAGAGAGAAAGACAUUUCUUUCUUUUACCCUUUUGAUUGAUACGCGCGUGAGUAGGUAAAUUUUUAUAUUAAACAUUCAAAUAGCUUGAGAGAGAAACGCAGUUGGGACGGUUUAUUUGUACAGGGAGUCGAAGAACGAAGCUUCGUAGUCAAUUAUGUAAAUACAGAGAUUAUUUAAAUAUAGUUUAGUGAAAUAUAUAUAUGAUGAAGUUAGUGAGAGGGAGAGAGAGAGAGAUGAGAAUAUAUUUAAAGUAUACACGAUUUACCGGAACAAAGAUAAAUGUAACUAUCGUGCUUGUUAGUUUUCUCAAGAUGUGUUUAUUCUUUGAAAUAACGCGGAGAUCAUUUGAUGAUUACUUUCCAAAGCAGAGAGAACAACAACUCGCAAAUAGAGCAGUUGAGAAUCUCGAUACGAUCCAAUCGUACAAGUUAUAUAAAUCCGAGUGAGUGCGUACAAGACGGUGUAUAGUUGAUUUAUACGCGCAGAGCCGCGAGUAGCGAAUUCGCGUGUUUGCUAUCGCGCGUUUACGUUAGCGUUAUAUAAUUUUAGAUAAGCUUUAAUAAGUUGUUACAAGUCGCAGAAUUAUCUCGAGAGCCAGUGAACGUUCAGUAUUACAUGAAUAUUAUUAUAAUAUGCCACCUAACGAAACGCCGCAUGAUGUGCUCUCUCCUCCCUGCGUGAUCGCCGACACCAGGCGAGAAUUAGGCACGAGAGACACGUAAUCGCGUAAAUCUCGCAUUCGCCGUGGUCGAGCCACAGCAUAGACUAUAUACAUAGGCUUCUCAUUGGCCGAUCGUGUAAAUAAUUAUAUAUCUCAUUCCGACGGUUUCCGUUUCUCCCGCGAACGUUUCGGGGGAUAGCGUCAAUAUUAUGGCGAUCCUAAGCUGUAGCGUUUUUAGCGAGUGCUCUUCUUUUUACCGCGUAAACAAUAGUCUGUGAUACUAUCUUGCGGAAUGCCACACGCGCCGGUCUGGCGGUUACGAUAGAUCGGAAAAUCCGUGUGUGCACGUCUGAAAGACGCUUUAGGACGCUUUAGGGUAAGAAUACAAUUAGGUUGUAUUUCGGUAUUUACGUAUUCCCCCCUCGGGAGACUCUUAUUUUGCCUUUUGGUUUAUGCAAAUUUAUCGUUCGCUCGAUGUUUUAUUAUUGCUAUUGAAAAGGAGGGAAAGAAAAUUUAUAUCUGGAAGCAUAACGUUGAAUUUGAACUCUGCUUAAUGUACAUUCUCAAUGAGUGACGAUGUAAGAUUCAAGGGAAAUUUAUUUAUCGUAACCUGUACGAUGUGUAUUGACGCAUUUUUAGCUGUAACAUUGAAUGUCCUACGAGACGUAAGUGAAUGAAAGAACCCACAGAAGAAGGCGCUCUAAUCGAAGAAAUCGAAGGUCGUUUAUUAUAUCGAAGGCAAAUAUUAAUUUACGAGUUAAAAAAUCGUUCUUAUUCAUUCAUGUGAUAGGAAAACAUUUUUUAUCUAUACGUUUUAGCGGUAAAAGUUCGAAGUUAAUCGUUCUCUGACUCACACCUAUUUUCUUUGCAGGAUGAAAACUUGCACAUCGGAAGAAUUGUAUGUAGAAGCUGUAGAGGUUUAAUAUACACGUGUACGUUGCUAUUGUGUUCUCAUGAGAUUGUAAUAAAAGAAAACUCGAGUAUAUGCCGGACAGCAAGCAUUGACAAUGUGUGCACUUGUAGAACAAAUAACAAUAAAACAUAUUUGACUUGUGAA